CCACCAUGCAUUCCAAUUUCAAUCACAAUCCUACUUAGUACUCUUACUACCACAAUGUCUUCUCAAGUAAUUGCCACAGACCAGACAACUCCUGUUCAUGAGUUGCCAAGUAACGCCGAUUACUACAAAAAAGGGGUUAAGUACCUUAUUGAUAUGGAGCCUAACUUGUCCAAACUGCCUUCACAAUAUGUUUUGCCACUACCCAAAAAUCCAUUAUUAGUCAGCCAUGCUUCGAUCCCUGUCAUCGAUCUAAGCGGCCUUAAUGGAUCCGCCGAAUCUAGAAUCACCACUAUUAAGGCCAUCGACACUGCCUGUGCCGAGUGGGGAAUCUUCAGAGCUGUGAAUCAUGGGAUAAAGAUCUCUCUAAUGGAGGAAAUGCUGGAGGCCGUAGUAGGAUUUUUCAAUCUCUCUUCUGAAGAGAAGAUGAAAUAUCCUAUGUAUGGAACAAGCCUGUAUACAUCCUCGAAGCAUGCUCUGUGGAGAGACUACUUGAGGCAUCAUGGGCAUGGCCGUCCUCUUCAUAGUAGCUCUGAUCUCUGGCCUAACAAUCCCUCUAACUACAGGUGCAUAACAAAGGAAUAUCUAGAGGAGGUUUGGCAGAUGCAACUGAAGAUAGCAACUGCACUAUCAGAAGGCUUAGGACUUGACAGUGAUUACAUAGAGAAGACACUUGGAGAAGGUUUUCAGGUCAUUGGUUCUAAUUAUUACCCGCCAUGUCCAGAGCCACACCGAACACUUGGGAUACCAGAACAUUCUGAUCAUGGUGGAAUAACAAUUUUGAUGCAAAAUGAUGUCGAGGGCUUACAAGUUGAACACGAGGGAGAGUGGGUUACUGUUCCACACGUACCAGGGACUUUUGUUGUCAACAUAGGAGACUACAUGGAGAUUCUGAGCAAUGGAAGGUACAAAACAUUGAAGCAUCGGGGAGUGACAAAUGAAGAAAAAACAAGGAUAUCAAUAGCUGUGGGCAAUGGACCUGGACUGACGACCAUAGUUGCACCUGCAAGCCCACUGUUGGACGGAAAGAGUGAGAUCAAAUACGGACAUCUCACAUACAAAGACUACAUGGAACUCCACCAAAACAGCGCCACAAGAGGAAAAUGCCCAUUGCAAUUCCUGGUUGACCUACAAGUCCACAAAUGAAGUUCUUCUAUUUCGUUGCCAAAACUAUAUGAGACCUCCUACAUGUUUCAAUAAAUGUUUUAAUAAAUUUGAAAGGUAUAUCCCAUGCAUGGGCAUAAAUAAAUCUGUCAUCUCUAUUACAUACUACAUCCGUCUCAUUUUAAAUGUUAGCUUCGAAAACUGUCAGUCACAGUUUUUGGAAGUGAACUUUUAAUAUGGGGGUAUGCCCCUCUUAUUCCUGUACCUUGCUUCCUUGGUGAAUAAAUUGUUAGAAUUUAUAUGCCCUAUCAUAACAAA